CUUGCUCUUUGGGAUUGAUUAAGACUGAUCACGAUCUAUUGUCUCUACAUUCUUCUACAAAUGAUAACCCAGAAAUCGAUCUUAUCUUGUUUUCACCCUCUCUCUCUCUCUCUCACAGUAACACCAGAGGACAAAAGCUUCUUGAAGGAGAUGAUUGUGGAGGUUGAUUCUUGUCUCCUGAGCUAGCUAGAUUUUGUUGCAGAAAGCUUGAGGAAGAGGAUAAUGAAGGUGUAAUUAAGUUGACAGAAGAUAGAGAGCACAAUUGAACACACGCAUGGAGAUUACUUGCGUUUGGGCAGUUAUGUGCUCUCUCUUCUUCUGUCAACAGAAAUUUCCCUCCUGGGUUUGCAUCAUUUUUCCUCCACCCCAUCUUUCUUCCCCUUCUGGGUAUCAAGUUGAUUCUAUUUUAGAGCCCACUACUUUUACCCACGCAGUUAAAGAUCCUAAGUGGCGUGAUGCAAUGGCUGCUGAGAUAGAUGCAUUGGAGCGCAAUUAGACUUGGAAUGUUACUACCUUACCAUCCAAUAAAAAACCUAUUGGUUGUCAAUGGGUCUAUAAAAUGAAAGCUUCGUGCCGAUGGCACUGUUGAUCGCUAUAAGGCUUGCCUUGUGGCGAAAGGCUUCACCCAAAUGGAGGGCCUAGAUUAUCAUGAGACAUUCGCUCUUGUGGCAAAACUCACUACUAUUCGUUGUUGGCUAGCCAUCGCCGCUAUCAAAGGUUGGCCUCUCAACCAGUUUGAUUUCAACAAUGCUUUCUUGCAUGGAGAAUUGAACGAAGAAGUCUAUAUGACUCUUGCCCCUGGAUAUUGUACAAAAAGUGAUCAUCGGGUUUGUCAUCUUCGCAAAUCCUUUUAUGGUUUGAAACAAGCAAGUCGCAAUUGGUAUGCCAAACUUUCAAAUGCAUUGAGCCAAGCUGGUUAUACUUAGUCUCCAGUUGAUCAUUCACUCUUUAUCAAGCACAUGACCACUGGCUCUACAUUUGUUCUUGCCUACGUUGAUGAUCUGAUCAUUAUUGGUGACGCUAUUGCUGAUAUUUCAUACUUACAAGCUCAGUUGGCCAAAUCAUUUCAAAUCAAGGACUUGGGUCCACUUCAAUAUUUUCUUCGUGUUGAAGUAUCUAGGUCUGCUAAUGGUAUUUUUCUCAGCCAAUGGAAAUAUGCAUUAGAUAUUCUGACUGAUAUGGGCAUGAUGGGGUGUCACCCUUCACCUUCUCCUAUGGAACAACAUCUUAAACUUAAUUUUCCUGAUGGGGAGCUAUUGUCAGAUCCAGCUCCAUACCUUCGACUCAUUGGUCGUCUUCUGUACCUCACCUUCACCAGGCCUGAUCUCAGUUACUCGGUGCAGGUUCUAAGUCAAUUUAUGCAAUACCCACGAAGUCCCCAUCUCGAUGCUGCUAUGCGUGUGUUACGUUAUCUUAAACAAAGCCCUGGUCAAGGUAUCUUCCUAUCUGCUCGGAGUUCCAUCCAGCUUUGUGCCUUCUCUGACUCUGAUUGGACUGGUUGUCCCAUCACCCGAUGCUCUACUAGUGGUUACUGUAUGCUUCUGGGUGCAAGUCCGAUAUCCUGGCAAUCUAAGAAGCAAAGCACAGUAUCUCGUUCUUCUGUUGAAUCAGAAUACCAUGCCAUGGCUCAGGCGUCUUGUGAGAUUCAAUGGAUAACAUAUUUACUUGCUGAUUUGGGAUACCCAGAAAUCAAUUCCGGCCACUCUUAACUCUGACAAUCAGGCAGCAUUACACAUCACUGCCAACUCGGUUUUUUACGAACGCACCAAGCAUAUUGAACUUGACUGUCAUUUCAUUCGUAAAAAAAUCCAACGUGGUAUUAUCCGAACAGCUUAUCUUUCUAGUUCAGGCCAACUUGCUGAUGUUUUUACCAAACCUUUAGGACAUGGUCGGUUACAUACUCUCAUUGGCAAGUUGGGUGGGUUGAAUCCCUAUCAACCCCCUCCACCUUGAGGGGGGGGGUAUUAUGGUAACAUAUCCACAAUUAUCUCAUUGACAGCAAGGUUGACCCACCAUCCAUAAUCACCUUUCCACCGUCCAUAACUUCCUCUUUGUCAAUACCUUGUAUAGUUGAUUGCCUAUUCACUUACCUAACUUUUCUUUAUGCUGAUCUCCCUAGCCAGGAUGUAUGGCUUAAUAGCAUAAGAUCCCCAGCGGCUCUUUACUGUUUUUCUAUAUAUAUUCUGGAAAGCAUUCUUCCAAUACAAUUAAGAUCCAUUAUUCUCCAUUUUAGUUAGUUCUUGCUGUAUUUUAUCACUUAAGUUUAAGGAGACAGUUUCCCUUUGCCCGCUGUAAAUGGAGAAUCUCUUGCAUAGGAUUUGGAUGUCAGAAUAGUGGCGAGGACAUUA